CACCCCUCCUUCACUCUAUCCCAACACCAAACCACUUCCUUGUUCUGAUCCCGUAAGGAUAUCUAUUCCCUCCGUGAUCAUCGACAUCAGCUAUCAUUCUCUGCCUGCCUGCUCUCUGAUGUACUCUGUUCGGGAACCAUCUGGAUCUUACAAACCAGCUACUCUGCUCUUAGUGGAAAAUACCCAGGAACUUAAUCGGUACCAACCACAACCAGGAUCACUCCCUCUCUUCAACAUCUGCUCUCCUUUCCAGAACAGCUGAGGACCAAAAGAAUCGAUUCACUUGGGAUCAACACUCUCAACAGAUGUGAAUUAUGGAAGCUGCUGUGACAUCAUCAGAUGAACAUCCAUGGUGGAGUGAUCUAGUAGAUUAUUUACCUGAUUACUAUGGCAAUGAUUCGUUUUAUGAAGACAACAGUUACGAGGAUGGUGAUGUUUGUGACCUGACCAAGAGUAUUAAUUUUGAAGCGGUGUUCAUCCCAGUUCUGUACUCGGUGGUGUUUGUUGUUGGAAUCCUGGGAAAUGGGUUGUUGAUAGCCGUGCUAAUGAAGAACAGGAAGACCUGGAGCGUGACAGACACCUUCAUCCUUCACCUGGCUUUGGCGGAUGUCCUGCUGCUGCUGCUGCUGCCGCUCUGGGCUGUACAGUCUGCAAGCCUGGCUGGAUGGCCCUUUGGGACCCCGCUCUGCAAGAUCACUGGAGCUGUUUUUACAGUCAGCUUGUAUUGUGGGAUUUUCCUCCUUGCCUGCAUCAGCGUGGACCGCUACCUUUUCAUCGUCCAUUCUACCAAUAUGUACACUCGCAGGAAGCCCUGGGUGGUACAAGCCAGCUGCUUGGUGGUGUGGUUAGUCUCCCUUAUCCUCUCCAUCCCUGACUGGUACUUUUUAGAAGCCGUGGAAGAUGUCAGACGAAGCAGAACAGAGUGUGUUCAUAACUACCUUAAGAUUAGUCCAGAAUAUUUCUAUAUCGUGAGAAUGGCAGCCCGGUGGCUGUACCACACUAUGGGCUUCCUACUUCCUUCAUUUGCUUUGAUCUUUUGCUACUCCUGCAUUCUAUUGCAGCUGGGGUGUGGCACCAAAGGCCUCCGAAAGCAGAAAGCUUUCAAAGUCAUUAUAGCUGUGGUGGCUGUUUUCUUUCUCUGCUGGACUCCACUUAAUAUCACACUCAUUGUGGACACAAUUCACCAAAACAACGAUAACGGAACAGCAUGUGGAACAAGAACAUCUCUGCAGAUAGCUCGGCUGGUGACUGAGAGUUUGGGAUACCUUCACUGCAGCCUCAAUCCUAUCCUGUACGCCUUCGUAGGUCUGAAGUUUCAACAUCAGCUGCUGAAUAUCCUGAGGUCUAUGGGCUGCAAACUGAAGACAAGUUUAAAAUCUGAAUCUUCCUUUUGGUCUGAGUCAGCUGACGCCUCCAACACCAUUGAAAUUUGAAAGACUACAUUGAGGAGCUUCAAUGUAUUCAUCAGAGGCAUGAAUAUAAUAAGUUUUACCAUUUUUGUCUAUAUUUGAAUAGCCAAAUAUCCAGACAUAAAUAUUGCAAAAGGUUGUGGAGAGAUAAAUAAUGUAAUUUCUCUUAAUGUUCAUCUAAAUAUUGCUAGGGGCGCAUACACGUAUGUACGUAUAUAUAUAUAUAUAUAU